CUGCAAUCGUCGUUCGCCAAGCAUAUGAUUUAUUUGGAAGAGCAUCGCGAAGAAGACGUGAAUGGUGCCCGCUUGUUACGCGAUGCAGGACAAGAGCUCAUCUCAUCGCAGGAUGUUGAAUUAACAGCCAGUUUAUUGCCGAAAUGCGACGAGUUAGAUCGAAUGGCCGAUGCACUCAGUGGUGCACUUGAGCGACGAAGCAAAGUACUACGGCUAAGCAAAGAUAUGCACGAGCAAGUACUGGCGACGAUAGGAACUUCUUGGGUCAAAGGUCAGGCGCUAAAGGAAGAGCUAAAAGCAAGUUCCAAGCGUGGUCAAAAAGUAACAUGCUCAAAAUUUUAA